AUGAAGUCUAGCUCUGUCUGCGCCGCCUCCGGCACCCUCCUUCUCCUGGGUGGCUGGUCGGGUAUCAUGUGGGUUUUCCUACGAUCUCUGUCUCUGCACCUCCAGAUUUGCUGGCAGGUUGUAGUUGGCCGGAGGUUCAUGUGGGCUUCACAAUUCGCAGGCUGGGGCAUUCCCAUCAUUGGCAUCAUCCUGGCUCUGACUCUUAGUGGUGUUUCCUUCCGAUUUGGCUCAACCUGCCACAUCAACCACAAGAACAGUCUUGCAGACCUGUGGAUCCCUCUUCUGGUAUUCGCCGGCUUCACUAUCAUUAUCCAAUUUGCGACAUUCGGUUACUGUAUCAAGGUCUACUUGGCGUCUCUGGCAGAUAACAGCGCCUCGACCGAAGGCUCGAACCUUCCCUCGUACACUAACAGCAUCCGUACCAUGACACCUCGCCAGGCCUAUCGCCGAGUACGAAGAGUCAUUCAACUGCAGUGGCGAGGCAUUGCAAUUGUUUUGAUCAUUGUUGCCGAUGUCAUCUUCUUCUCCGUCAUCUUUGUUUUCCAGGACAACACAGUCGAAGCUGUCAAGAAAGACCCCACGAAGGCAGAAGACUGGAUUGUCUGCUUGGUCCAAGCUCUGGGUGACAAAACCAAGUGCCUGGACAAAGCCAGUAGCUUAGUCGUUAACCAAGCGACUGUUGGUGCCGUAUUGUUGCUCCUGGCAAUAAACGGCCUCUGGCUCCUAUUCCUACUCGGCCGCUGGUCCAUGGUGACUGGCUGGCUUGAAUUUGUGACAAAGUCUCCCAGCCGUAGCAAGCGGGAGUUUGUCUCCGUCGAUGCUCGCCUCGACGAUCUUAAGAAAGACCAACGUUCUGAGUCCUGUUUCACCGGCGGCGAUGAGGUCUCCCGCGAGCCCGACCAGCGGGAGACGGACCCCGGAUUACUUUGGCCAGACAGCCCGAUAUCACACCCCAGCGAGAUCAUUCUCCAGCCCGAGACCGCCACAGCAGGUCACCUGGGACUCCCGAGAGAUGUUCGGCGGCCGUGCCCGUGA